AUGACGGAACCCGUACGCGGCCUCUGUUGGUACCGUUUCUCACUCCCGGAACGCCCCAACCGGCCCACUUUUGUGUGGUGGCCAGCGCGGUACUUCGAGAGCGCUCGAGAAGCGUGUCGGCAGCAACGGGUGCACAUGUCACCUCGAGGUGUCGCCCAAUGGACCCGCGUGGUGGUAGACGAAACGCUGGGACGGAUUGCUCCUCGGCCCGUCGUGUGUUUGCUGGGACGCUCCGGAGUAUCAGUCGAUAAAAAACUGCGCUCUGUACAACGAUGGGACGAAUCGGCAGAAUACGUAGCCUCAGAGAACUCUGCUGUGGAGGAAGACUGCUCGGACAAGAAUGGAGACUGUCGACCCUACACGUUGGCGUCGCUCGCCCUCAUGAUAACACCCGAGCAACAACGCGACGUGUUUGGGGACGACGAAGAGGCAGAACUGCUCUGGAAAGGGUAUCAAGAAGCGAUGGAAGCCGUCGUGGAAUUGGUCGAUCAAGCCUUGAACCAAGAGUCGCUUGUGGACAGCGUUGGCGUUGGUACGGAGACAGUUGUCGGACAAGUACCCGUAGAUUACGCAGCGCCCCCUCCCAAAUCGUCCAUGACUUCUCCUCCCGUAUCGUCCACCUUUAUUAUGUCUUCCCCGGCCUUGACGCCGCCUCCACUCAAACACGCGUUGAAACCGCACGAUUCCUGGGAGACUGUCUGGAACAAACUGCAGCUCAGCAAAUGGAGCACCUCUCUACCGCCCCCGCACGCAUCCGCCGCACGUAAGCGAGAACCUUGCUGGUAUGUUCUACCCAAUCGAUCCUGUCGGCCCGGUACGGUAGAAGGUACCGACUACCUGUCGACCCUCGCCGCAUUGCAAAGCUUUUGCCGAACCCAUUACGGAUGGCGAGGGCCCGAGGCAGUUGAGGCCUCCAAUAGUCAUCGUUGUCACGACAGUUCUUCGGUCUCCCGUUCCACCCACGCGAUGCCUCCGGCUACACCCACAGGAUGUCGGACGAAACCACGCGAUCCUGCCAAGCCCCGUCUCGGCGAAUCCGAUGAUGACGGAACCGGCGACGAACUCACUCGGAUGGACGCACUCGAUUGGAAGACACUCUGGCGCAAGCUGGUGCGCGACGGUUGGAAAGUCAAAGCCGCGCACAUUGUCACUGACCAAUGGUACUACAUCCGUCCGGGAAAGUCGGCCAAGCAAGGCGUACUGGGACGAGACUACUUUAAAACACCCACCGAUGUUAUUGCCUACCUGACGGAAACACAACAACUGGCACCUCCGCGUGAUACCGAGUCCGUGUCGCGAUUGACAUUGGAAGCGGAAAGCGACGACGACACAGACGAAUGUAUCACUGCGGUGACCCGAACCAUGCCGGUAUUGGACGUCCACGACCGUCGGAACAGCCGGACCGUGCCGAUUGUCAAACCGGCUUCCCACCGCGUGUCUACUGCUUCUACCAAGAUUUCGCGAAAAUGCAAAUCUCAUUCGGGAGCCAAAAGCACCAAAGCACGCCAACGUUCGACAACUCACAGUCAAGCCAAACACCUUCUUCAACACACAUCCUCGACCGGAAACACGGCACGUAAGCGUCCUGCCCCGGCCGAAAAAUUGAACAAGACCAAAAAAUUACGACGCAAUGCCCAUUGGUGGAAAUACGAAGCCAUUCCGGGGUUUCGCUCCCAAGUUUGGCCGGCUUUGGAGAAACUCAGAUUCGUUCGAACGAACGACGGCUACCAGCUCCCUACGAGCGUCCAGUGGGAAGGUCAGCCCGUCACGUUUACGAGCGCUACCGGAUUACGCAAAUUCCUCUGCUUCACCGGCAUUCCCAACUACUGUCCCAACGAAGCUGCAGCCGCGGCGUACCGUAAGAAUCCCAAUGACUACGUCCCAACCGGAGUGCUGACCGAAGCGGAGGCCACCAUGCUACACCGCUGGGUACGCUUCGCUAAUGUUCCAAUCCAAGGCCCCGACAGUGCCCGCGAACUUCUGAACGUUCGCAGUCCGCGCAAGGAAAAUGAUCUCCGCAUGAUUCUCGUCAUUCUCCGUGAUCUGGGUUUCGAAUCAGACGGCAUUAACGUCUACGUCCCCGGUGCCAAUUCUCAAGAAGCCCGUCGUGGACGCCGCGUCCGUGGAGUCCACUACUUUGCUAUAGAUCCCGAUCUGUACACGUCAUUCCGCGAAUGGGUCCGGAACGCGUGGAGUUUGCAGUUACCCGAGGACGCAUCACCCAAAAUGACGGAAGCCUAUUUGCGUCUCCGAGUAUGGGCCGCUGCCUCCUCCCGACCCCUCCCCGUAUGGCAACAGUUGCCCCCACGUACCGACUACCAGGCGUUGCUCACCACUGCCGAGCUAGAAAUUGAACACUCCCGCGUCGACACCAUGGUUGACGAUGCUUCCGAAAUGGACGAAGAUAUGUCCACCGCCAACGGUAGCCACGCUGUUGUAUCGCAGUGCGAUGUGUCGACAGAGGCUCCGGAACCCGCCAAGAAAGUGGUCGUCAAAAAAGCGAAAAAGGACAAGCGACCCUGGUAUCUCAAGGAUGGCCUGCCGCGUUUUGUGCGGGAAGUUUUACCGACCUUACGGAAACUCGGCUUUGAUUACAGAUCGGGAAAAUACGUCCACCCGGACAUUUCCGAAUCCUUCACCACCUCGGAAGGUCUGGCCCAGUAUUUGGUACGACACGGUGUACCUCUUUUAGACGACCGGAGAAAUGAGCUUGCCGUAUGGGACGUUGAGCUUUUGGAGCGUUGGGUCAAGUUCGCCAACGUCCCAGUGACGGAAAAUAGUUGCGAGCGCGUACUGAGCAACGUGCGCAUUUUGUGCAAGGAAGACGAAAUCCUCUACCGAUUAUUCGAUUUGGGCUUUCAAAAGGUGGACCUCAAGUUCUUUCCACCAGGAGCCGACGCGACGGGACGUAACGCGCGCAAAGAAGGUGUACACUAUUUCAACGGGCUCCAAGGUAUCCGUGGAGGCUACAUUCGUGGAGCGACCAACCUCAGCAUGGCCCAUGAUGAAGGUCCUGUCAUCAGCAGCCGACGCAACAAUAAAAAAGGCGUGUCUCAAGAACAACUAUUGGAAAUCCGCUUGUGGGCCGCUCUUUCCGAUUUGCCCCUCCCCAAAUUUGUCAAGAAUGUGGUUGACUGUAAGCGUGCCGCUGAUGAUGAAGACGAACUUGAUGACGUGGAAAUUUCUGCGCACGUGAAAAAUCUCAACACGGCCCUCGACCGAGUCGCCACCGAUACAACCAUACCGGCAACAGAUUUCUCCAGUUCCAACCAUGGGACGAUCAGUAGUACAGCCGUAACAAGCAUGUCAGUACAAAUAGCUUCUGACAAGACAGACACCCAACAAUCAGUUGCGGAAACUUUGCCCAAGGCAGAUGAGGUUGGACCAACUAGAUUGCCUUGGGAGUCGCCUUCCGUCAUGGGACAAAAACAAGCGAACGAACAAAGUGAGUCAACUUCCGGCAAUCUGCUGACAAAUGAAUCUCCGGCAAAGGAGAGCAACCAGGACAAUGUUGCAAGUUCGCUUGCUACAACUUCAUUCACAACUCUUUCCCAGAUGUUCUCUCGCAAUUCUGUGGUCAAGGAGGUAGAAGACGCUGCCGGAUCGGUCACAAAUGAUCCGUCGACGCAAAGCAACGAGCUUAUAGGCAAUGUAUACUCGGAGAGCAAUAACUCUCCGUCUUCUUACAACACUGCUCCGGAGAAGCAGCUAUUUACUCCUUUGCGGGGCAAGCGAGAGCAAGGCGAUAGAGCAAUGGAUGAUACCGAUCAAGGCAGAUUUCUCCCUCUGACACAGGAACUUUCCGGAUACGACUCGUGUUCUUCCGAUAACGAAGGACACGACUCGCGACAGCUAGACAGAAACCGGCACCUCAAUAGCAAGCAGGACGCCCGACGGGUCACCAUGCUUGUUGAGUCUCCUGAUGAAAGAAUGGAGGAUGCCACCAUUGAAAAUCAUUUCGACGAUCUGCAUCGCGAGAGUACGUUCACCGAUAUGGAAUAUGCUUUCGAUAGCGGCCCCGCCGGAAAGCUCGACCGGCCCGAAGUCGAGCAAUUGGACGAAUUUUUGACGCAAGUAGAGCCGGACUUCGACUUCUAG